CCCCAACCUGACCCAACGAAUUCCCAGUCUCCAACCAACCACCGCCGCGCAGAGAGAGAUCCCCAAUUACGCAACCCCAGGCCAGGCUCCCCGGAUUCGCGCGUGCUCCGUCCAGAUUCCCGCGCCCUAGGCUUCGAAUCGGCCCAUGGAGGCGGCAGCAGCAGCCGCGGCGCUCAGGUCGCCCACCGCCGCCGCCGCCGCGGGGCCCUCGCUGCGGCCCGCGGCGCCGGGCGCGAGCUCGCUCCCCUUCGGCCGGAGGCGCGGCUUAGCCUUCAGCUCCAUCAAGGGUCUCGGGCGGCAGCAGCUCACCUCUAGAACCAAGAGGCGAAGCAGUGUGGUCAGGGCCUCCUGGUCCCCCUCGGAUUCCCUGCCGCCGUCCUCGUCGAUCGCGCCGCUCAGGAUGGAAUCGCCGGCGGGGCAGCUCCUCUCGCAGAUCCUGCACACGCACCCGCACCUGCUGCCCGCCGCCGCCGAGCAGCAGCUGGAGCAGCUCCAGACGGACCGCGAGGCCGAGAAGGACAAGGACAAGGAGAGCGGUGCAGGCGACAAGCCAGCUCCGUCAGGGGGCGACCUGGUGCUGUACAGGCGGAUUGCUGAAGUAAAGGAAAAGGAGCGGAGAAGGACCUUGGAGGAGAUACUCUACGCUCUGGUUGUUCAGAAGUUUGUUGAAGCUGGCGUUUCUUUGAUUCCAGCUCUCUCACACUCCAUUGAUUCUUCUGGAAGAGUUGACCAGUGGGGAGAAACUGUAGAAGAAAGGCUUCAGCGUUUGCACUCGCCCGAGGCCUAUGAAAUGAUCGAGAACCAUCUUUCUCUCAUUCUGGGGCAGCGUCAAGGUGUUGCCACCGUUGCGGCCAUAAGUAAGCUUCGUGUUGGCCAGGUCUAUGCUGCAUCUGUGAUGUAUGGUUAUUUCCUCAAGAGAGUUGAUCAAAGAUUUCAGCUCGAGAAGUCGAUGAAGAACCUCCCUUGGGGAUCAGAAGAGGGAGACGAUGUUUUCAAUGAAGUUAUGACGACCGACUCUAUGCCCUCAGCUCAGGCUUCUAGCCCUCAUCCGGAGAUUGCCUCAUGGACCCCACCUAACUUCAGCGCAGGAGGGCCUAGCCAAUCUAUCAAGCCUUGCCGCCUUAGAUCGUAUGUCAUGUCAUUUGAUUCAGACACAUUACAGAGGUAUGCGACAGUUAGGUCAAAGGAGGCCUUUGGCAUCAUUGAGAAGCACACGGAGGCACUAUUUGGGAAACCAGAGAUUGUGAUUACACCUGAAGGCACAGUUGAUUCUUCCAAAGAUGAGCAUAUUAGAAUUAGCUUCGGUGGGCUAAGAAGGCUGAUCCUGGAGGCUGUUACUUUCGGAUCCUUCCUCUGGGAUGUUGAGAGCUUUGUGGACUCCAGGUACCAUUUCGUGACCAACUAAGAUUGGUCCCAAAGAGUCAACAAAGAUUCAUGGUUUGCAUAUCUGGUCUGUUGCUACGGGCUUCAGGAAAGAAUGUUGUACAAUGGUGUUACUGUUACGGCAACCCGUGCUAUAUGCAAUCCUAUUUAUGAUUCGCCUAGUUUUAUGGCAUCACAGUAUUGUAAAGACCUAAUGUCAUUAGCCUGAUAUUUAGCCAUUAGGUUCUCUAUUAACAUCUGUAUUGCCCCGGGUGCUGCUUUGUGUUGUAUUUUAUGACUCUCUCCUCUGAAAAUUGCAAGAGGAGUCCUAGGCUCCUAGCCAGCUCUUUUGCGAAGCUAUUCUUGAUUGCCUA